UUCUCUUUUAAUUAAUUAUAUUUGAAGUUUUGCGUGGAGUUACUAAAUAUGACUGUCUGUGAAGUACUAUUUUUUCUCAAACACAGCGGACGAACACGUCGUCGGCUCUCUCGGCAAAAUCCUGACGUCAUUACUAUGCGCCUGGUGUUUACAGGAAACCGUCAAAAAAACACCAGACACCAAACAGCUGCGGUUUUAAACUUUCAAACAGGAGAGUUCUUUUAGAUUUUAUGACGAAUCCAUGUCCGAGCAGUAAUACGAUUAUGUCAAUAAACAUCCGCAGCGUGGGGCGUCGAUUUUGUGGUAUAAUGCUCGUGUGAUUGGAAGAUGUGGACGUUGUUAAGAGGUGAACAUCAGCUGGAGAGCAGCUCAUUUUAAAGCCACAUGCCAGGUUGAAAGUGUCUUGAUGUGAUGGAUGAAGAUCUGGAGACGCUUGGUGAGCAGCUGUACACCAGGAUUUACUCCGAACACAAAGAGGCUGCUGGGAAACUCACAGGUAUGUUGCUGGAGCUGCCAGGUCCUGUGCUGAGUCAGAUGCUGCAGGACGAGGCCAUGCUGACCACUGCUGUGGAGAAAGCCCUCAGAGCCCUGCAGCUGGAACAGGAUCCAAGGGUAACGUGUAAGGAUGAGGACGAUGUGUCUGAAUCCUCUGACUCUCUCGGGGAGCAGCUAUUUGAGUUGGUGGACGUCUACAACACUGGUCACUCACAAAAAAUCACAGGAAUGCUUCUGGAGCAGCACAAAGAAGCAGUUUCAAAGCUUCUGUCAGAUCCCAAACUGCUGGAGGAGCAGGUGAACGUCGCUCUGCAGACAUUAAAGGAGCAGAACGAGGAGACAGACGUCAGCGACUUGUCGGACGCUGACGACACAGAGAAACUGGGAGAGAAGCUCUUCUCCCUGGUGGAGGAGAUGGAUUCUCUUCAUGCAAAUGAUAUUACAGGGAUGCUGCUGGAGAUGGACCCAGCUGUUCUCCGACAGCUGCUCAGCAACCACACGAUGCUGGAGGCUGCUGUUGAAAAAGCACAAUCAGCUCUGGACACUGGACGAUGAACUUUAACACAUCACUCAAAGAGACCUGGAUGAACUCGUAUCCAGGCUGUGAUCAGGAAGUUGAAUUGUGGAGGUUUGACUGGACCAACUGUAAAUAACCGUUAAACCUCUCUUCAGCUGAAUUGAAGUCAAUUUUGCCGCUUUCUAAUACGGGUGCUCUCUUUGCCAACAUGUGAUUUCUCAGAUAAAAAGACUCAACACAACUGCCACACAAGUGUCAAAUAAAAACUAUUUAUCAGUUCAAGACAUCACUACAAGACAUCAGAGUCAUUGUUGUGGGAUGCAAACUUUUGCUGUAUGAAAGGAUUUACUUGUGUGGUUUAAAGAUAAAGUGCUUAUCUUAGUGUUGCUAACACAUGUGUUAAAGAUGACAGUCUACUUGGGCUUUGUAAUUUGGUGAAAUGUCUGUUGCCAACAGGAAUACACAGGAUUAUUCUGCAUUUUAUCACAGCAGCUGUGUAAAUGUGGUUUUAUGGAUGGAAAUGUUGGGCUCACUGCUUUAGUUCAGACUGAACUACGGAACCACUGGAUGGAUUGACAUGAAAUCCUGUGUAGACGUUCAUGUUCUCCAGAGGAUAAAUGCUACUGAUUUUGUUGAUCCCCUGAUUUUUUUUCUGUAGAGCUUCUUUUUUAACUUAAUACCUCAACAUCCUCUUGAUGGACUUGCACAAAAUGUUGAUGAAUCUGACUGACUUUGUUGAUCACUAAACUUUUUAAUUAAGUGCCAUCAUCAAGUUAAAAUUUCAGUUUGUCCGAUUCUCUGUUUUAUGAUAAAAUAACAGAACUAAUGACAUGUCCCUCCACCUCAGCUGUCCUAAUGUUAAUCAGCUGAUGUUAGCGUGCUGAAACACUAAAAUGGGGAAAAAGCAUUAACAUGGAACUUAAAAAAAUGUCUAUUACAUAAAAUAUAGUCAAAAAUAAAUUUUAGAGUAUUUUUUCAUUCAAAAAAACAUUUAGGGUUUUUCAAACAUUGCUAAGUGUUCUUUUAUACAUAUGGAUAAACUCUGUGACUCAAACUGGGACUAGUAGCUGGUUAACAAGUGCUUCUACAUUUAAAUUGUAAUGUGAAUUUGAUAAAAAAAUGUAAUGUGACUGUAAAUCCCCCUCCAUCACU